AGGCUCCCUCCCUCGCCCCUUGCCCAGCUCUCCGGCCACAGCCUGUGCAUAGCUGCCCCUAGGUGGAGGCCUGGAGCUGCUGCCCCGGCCCACGUGGCUGCUGCGGUCAUGCUGAGGACGCUGCCCCGCGCCCUGCGCCCCCUGGGCCCCCGCUGGACCCCGGCCCGCGCCUGGGCCUCCGGGGACGCGGCUCAGGGCGCCGAGAUUCAAGUGCGCGCCCUGAGAGGGGAUCAGGAUGCAGGUAUCACUGAGAUUCUGAUGAACAGACCUCACACCCGAAAUGCUCUGGGCAAAGUCUUUGUCAGCCAGUUGUCAGAUGCCCUGGAUGAGCUUCGCUUCGACAGAAGCGUCCGAGUGCUCGUGUUUAAGAGCGGUGUCAAGGGGGUGUUCUGUGCGGGUGCAGAUCUGAAGGAGAGGGAGCAGAUGAGCGAGCCUGAGGUGGCAGCUUUUGUGCACAAGCUCCGAAGUCUGAUGAACCAAAUUGCCACAUUCCCUGCACCUACCAUCGCAGCCAUGGAUGGAUUUGCCCUGGGCGGGGGGCUUGAGCUGGCCUUGGCCUGUGAUCUCCGUGUGGCAGCUUCCUCUGCCAUCAUGGGACUGAUAGAGACAACGCGAGGACUCCUUCCAGGGGCAGGGGGAACCCAACGCCUGCCUCGGUGUGUGGGUGUGGGCCUGGCCAAGGAACUCAUCUUCACCGGGCGCCGCAUCAGUGGAGAAGAAGCGAAGGUCAUCGGGCUGGUGAACCAUGCGGUGCCUCAGAACCAGGAGGGCACCGCUGCCUACCACAGGUCCCUGGAGCUUGCCAGGGAGAUAGUGCCACAGGCCCCCAUCGCAGUGAGAAUGGGAAAAGUGGCCAUUGACAGAGGAAUGGAGGUGGACAUCUCUUCCGGAAUGGCCAUUGAAGGAAUGUGUUAUGCCCAGAACAUCCCAACUCGGGACAGGCUAGAAGGCAUGGCGGCCUUCCGAGAGAAGCGGCCCCCCCGUUUUGUUGGCGAGUGACUGACAAGCAUAUUCAAGGGGUGCCACCACCCUGCAGCCUUGGCCCCUGGAGGGACGAGCACUUAGAAAAGUCAGCUCUUAGAAGCAUGUCCUUUGUUUCUCCAUAAAAUCCUUUCCCCUGGUCAGUAACUGCUGUGGUUCACAUUCCCUGUAUAUCAUUGCUUUUACAUCUUAUGGGGGUGGAAAGAGCUCGGGAGACAAGGGAGACUUGGGGAUCCCCUCUCUGGGUUUCAUUCUCCCUCUAAAGCUAGGGUUGGAACUAAAAGUGUCAUAAUGAGCUAAUGGUAAUAAUUAGCAUUUCUAUCACACUUUAAAAA